GCAUGUCAGCGCGGCCAUAGUGGAUGAUCUAGAAACGUCUAGCGCUACCGCUGCGUCAUUGCGCGAGACCGAGAAAAAGAAACGCGCGAGGAGUGUGGAGUCGCCUAUAUCGUUAUUCGCUUUUCUCCCUCGUUUCUCUUAGUGUAGUGAAAGAGCGAGUCGAGCAAGGCAAUCCACAGGGGCGAUACUGCAGUUCAAGAAAAGAUUAAAUUAGUCUUCGAGAUGCAGCCUGCAACUGCAAAGUGGUAUGAUAGACGGGACUAUGUCUUCAUCGAAUUCUGUGUAGAGGACAGUAAAGAUGUUAAAGUAAAUUUUGAAAAAUCAAAGUUUGGUUUCAGUUGUCUUGGUGGCCUCGAUAACGUUAAACAUCAGAAUGAAAUUGACCUGUUUGAAGCAAUUGAUCAAAAUGAAUCCAAACACAAACGUACAGAUCGAUCCGUGUUGUGCUGUUUACGGAAGGCGGAGUCUGGGAAAUCGUGGCCGAGGCUAACAAAACAGAAAGAAAAGAUCAAUUGGCUCAGUGUUGACUUCAACAACUGGAAGGAUUGGGAGGAUGAUUCAGAUGAAGAGCUGUCUAACUUUGACCGCUUCUCUGAGAUGAUGAACAACAUGGGCGGGGAGGAUGACCUACCAGAGGUGGAUGGGGCCGAAGAUGAUGAAUCUGCAGAUAGUGAUGAUGAAAAAAUGCCAGACCUGGAGUAAAGUCACCAUUAUUCCACAGUUCUUGUGACAACUUGGAGAAAUCACAAUUUUUUUUUGUUUUGUUUUUUUUUUUUUGAGGGGGGGGUGUCCUCGUUGCAUCCAAAAAGUCAGUUUUCCUAACGGUUUCAAAAAGGCUUUGAGGGUUGAUAUGCAUACUGUACAGAGCUCCAUCAGUGCUGUGGUUCUAUCCUGCAUGUACCAUGAUGUACUUUCAUGUUUCCACGGUGUAUUACAAUGUAUAGUUAAUCAAGUAUAUGGCUUUGCUGAGGAGAGAUUAGCAAAGGGGUCUAAUUCAGAUCCCACUUUUGUAUGUUCCCUUGACACACUUUAAAAAGUUAAGCACUGUUAAAGUUGCAUUGAUCAGUAUGAAAUGUUCCAGCGUUUAUAGUAAUUUCCUCUUUUCCAGUUGUAAUAGUCUUAAAUUUCUCAUUGAUGAUUUUUUUUGUGUAUUAAGCAUUCAUGCUUAUGUAGUGCUGCUGUCUGUCUGAGAGGUAAUUGAUUGGUUUCCAUGAGUGAUUCUGCCACAUUGCAAAGGGAAGCAGGUCUGACAGUUGACCACAUGCCGGUAAAACACAGAAAGCUCUGUGAAGCCUGUACUCGUGUACAUUUUGACCCUUCAAUUACAUGUACAGUUGAAUAAAGCCUAUACUAAUACAUCUGAAUCUGAAGAAUUAAAAGGUAACUAAACAUGACCAAAUUGUAUUUGCACUGUCAAGUUUGUGUGUGUAGCCGGGAUAUUCUUAUUUACUAUGUAUAUCAACCUAUCAGUUCAUCACUGGUUGAGUAAUUUCAGCUUGAAUGCAAUGGAGGACUUUUUUAUUGUCUAUCUUUCUAAUAAACUUUGAUUUAUUUCA